AUGAUUGAUUCUGCUUGUACUAAAAUUAUGAUUGAGGAUUGUGAUAAUUUGGUAUUGAAUGCAAACUCUAAAAUUCUUACAUCGACAAUUGAUGUUUGGAAGUCUAAUAAUAUCAUUUUGAAAAUCCAUGAGAAAAUUCAAACCAUUCAAGUUGACGAAUGCAAAAACAUAGAAAUUGUAUUCAAUGAUCCAAAAAAUUUCUAUUCUAUAGUUUGGACAAACACAGAUAAAAUCGAUUUGAAGAUCUUGGAGUCUGACCAAGGCAAUGAUCAACAACAGAAUCACAUUCAAUAUAUUACCAGAUUGUUUGAAGAUGGUGGAUUAAAAAAUGAAAUGCUUAUUAGAGCCGAGAAAGGUUUUCCAAUCACUAAAAGAGAAUUGGAUGAUUGGAUUACUAGGAACAAACAAAAAAUCAAUUUCGCUAUUAAUAAUAAUAGUAGCAGCAGUGUUGAUUCAAUUCAAUUUGGAGGUUGUAAUUCAACAAUUUAUUGUAAUGGAGAGCUGUUAAAAUUAGUUCAAUUAUCAAGAAUUUUUGAUGACUCUAAAACUUUUGUUGACAUGCCCACGAAAAAACCUGUAGCUGAAGUAUUACAAGCUGUCCAAAAAUUAUUAACUCAAAGCAAACUAAAUCCUCCAACAAGAUCAGAUGUAAUAUCAUUUUUAUCGACUUAUUUUGAUAAAGAAGGUCAAGAAUUACUCAGUCCAGAAAACUAUGAUGAUAAACAUUGUACUUCCACCUCUCCGUUUUCUUCUUUAUUUCCUUUAAAUUCAAAGCCGGACUUUCUAAAAAAUAUUCAUGACCCGUAUUUGAAACCGUUUGGUGAAAUUGUUCACAAAUUAUGGAAAACUUUGGUUAGAAAAGUAGAUUUGUCAUUUAUGUGUGAUGGUUGUGUCUCAAGUUUCAUUCCAUUGAAGAAUCCAUUCGUUAUCCCGGGUGGAAGGUUUCGUGAAAUUUAUUAUUGGGACGGGUAUUUCAUCAUCGAGGGAUUGUUGCUUAGUGAGUUGUAUGAUUUGGCCAAAGGCAUGAUUGAAAAUUAUCUAAUACUUGUGGAGACCUAUGGAUUUAUUCCAAACGGUUCAAGGAUUUAUUAUUUGAAUCGGUCACAGCCACCAUUAUUAACUCAAAUGGUAAAGAGAUAUUAUGAAACAACAAAAGAUAAACAAUUUCUAAAAAGAGCUUUGCCAACACUAAUCAAAGAAUACAAUUUCUGGCAUCGCAACAAAACAAUUGGAAUCAAUCAUCAAAACAAACGAUACACUCUAAAUUAUUACAAUGUCUACACUGAUCAACCUAGACCUGAAAGUUACUGGGAAGACUACGUGACCGCCCAACAACCACAAAGCUUAUUAAAUGUACACCUACAAGAAAACAAUAACGAUGAUAGGAAAAAUAAACUAAAUGAAUCGGCUAUUAUUGAACUCUACUCAAACAUUGCCGCCGCUGCAGAAACUGGUUGGGAUUUUUCUUCAAGAUGGGCCAAUAAUUAUCGCCUCAAGCCAACCACUGAUUCAAACAAUAUCACCGAUUUUCCAAUUUUACCAUUCAGAAAGAAAGCUAGAAAUAGAUUAGAUGCUAUCAAAGAAUUGUUUUGGGAUGAUGAGCUUAAUUUAUUUAUGGAUUUUAAUCUAACAAGCGCAAUACCAGCUGAACUAAGUUCAAACCCUUUCAAACUACUAAAAUCAUAUGACUACAUUAAGAAACUAUUGGGAAAAUAUCCAGGCUCACUGACAUCCACAUUGAUGGAUUCCGGUCUACAAUGGGAUUUCCCAAAUAGUUGGCCACCAUUAGAAUAUGUGGUUGUAAAAGGUUUGGUUCAAUUGAGCGAUAAAUACUAUCCUUUUAAUGCCAACAAUCGUAGCAGCAAUGGCCUUGACAAAUAUUAUGAUUUGGCAAGUUCAAUAAGUCAACGAUUUGUUUCUUCGGUAUUUUGUGCUUGGUAUAUUACUGGUGGAUCAAUUAAAGAUUUACUACCAAAGUUAGAAAAUACUACUGAUGACGGACAUAUUUUUGAAAAAUAUAAUACACUUACUCGAAAUGUUCCAGGUGGUGGUGGAGAAUAUAAAGUACAAACAGGGUUUGGAUGGACAAAUGGUGUACUAUUAUGGAUGCUUAAUAAAUUUGGUGAUCAAUUAAAAGUUCCAGGCAUAUCACAUGAGAAUUAG